AUGAAAAAAUUGGCAAAUUUGACAUUGUUAGGAUUUGCCGCAGAUUGUUUUCCGGAGGUUCUAGGAUUGCUACGAAAAAGAUGCCUAAGUAAACUAGAAAUAGAAUCUGUACCACAUGACCAGGUGUUUAGCGCAUUAAUGGAAUUAAACUGCACAUUGGACCACAAACACACGAAGCUGACUUCGUUAACAGUUAAGGUUUCUCUACAGUUACAUUUACCAAUCAUGCCCAUGCGCAAUUUUAUUGAAAACGGGCAUGCGAGUCAACUUGAGCAGUUAACUCUAACUAGAAAUGGAAUUGAUUCACAUCAAAUUUCGAAACUUUGUGAAAUCUUUAACAAGGGACAUUGUCCAAAUCUUACACAUUUGGAUCUUGGAAAUAAUCCAAUACGUGAUGAGGGUGUAAUGGUGGUGUGUGAUACUCUGACGAAAGGGCUUCGUAAACUUAAUAGAUUGGCUGUCUGUGUGUGUGGGUUAACAGAUCGAUGUAUUCCUACGCUAGUUAAGGCACUGCAAGAUGAACAUUGCGAACUGACUAAUCUAUCACUGGGGUUCAAUGCCAUAGGUGAUAAAGGUGUAGAUAUGUUGUUUGAAGAUGCUUUUACAAAAGAGCAUUGUAAGCUUACUAACUUGAAUCUUUAUAAAUGCUCGUUAACGGAUCAAUGCAUACCCAGUUUGUAUAAGGCACUGCAAAAUGAACGUUGUCAACUGACUGUUCUAUUUCUGGGGAACAAUGCCAUAUAUGAUAAAGGUGUAGGUAAGUUGUUUGAAGAUGCCCUGACAAAAGAACAGUGUAAGCUUACUGAGUUAGCUCUUGUACAGUGUUCGUUAACAGAUCAAUGCAUACCCUGUUUGUGUAAGGCACUGCAAGAUGAACGUUGCAAGCUAACACAAUUGUGGCUUCGGUCAAAUAAUUUUACUGAAAACGGCAAGAAAUUACUUUGUGAUAUAAAGGAUUAUGAAAGCUGUAAAGCUAUGGGUUUGGAAAUAUUAUAG